CCUUUAGAAAAACUCUCAGAAAAUUUGCCUGAUUGGGAAGCUUUUCAGGUGCCGUUCUGAAGGCCCCCACUGAGCUUUUAUGAGGCCAAAUCUAUCUCCCUUCUUUCCCAUUCUCAAUCUCUCUCUCUCUCACGCCCACAUUUUCCCAUCUCCUUUGGUUUCAGUGCUCCUAUAAAUUGCAUGCCAAAACAAACCAUUUCCUUUCGUUCACUCCCAAAUCCCAAUCAACGACCCUCUUUCCCAUUUUUACAACCUCAAAACUCUGUGUUUCUCUUUGUGUGUGCGUGUGAAGAUGUUGGCAAUGGAAGAGCUACUGUGUGAACUAAGUAGUGAAGGGCUAAACGACCAAGGGUUGCCACCAGGGUUUAGAUUCCACCCUACAGAUGAAGAGCUUAUAACCUUUUAUUUGGCUUCAAAGGUGUUUAAUGGUAGUUUUUGUGGCGUAGAAAUUGCUGAGGUUGACCUUAACAGAUGUGAACCCUGGGAGCUUCCAGAUGUGGCAAAGAUGGGAGAAAGAGAAUGGUACUUUUUCAGCUUGAGAGACAGGAAGUACCCAACAGGGCUGAGAACAAAUCGGGCCACCGGAGCCGGCUACUGGAAGGCCACGGGCAAAGACAGAGAAGUAUACAGUGCUUCCACUGGUGCUUUACUUGGCAUGAAAAAGACCCUUGUUUUCUACAAAGGGAGAGCUCCUAGAGGUGAAAAAACCAAGUGGAUCAUGCACGAGUACCGCCUGGACGGUGACUUCUCCUACCGUCACACUUGUAAGGAUGAAUGGGUGAUUUGCAGGAUAUUUCACAAAAAAGGAGAGAAGAAAGAUGUGUUUCUCCAAGCAGAACAAGGCCACCACCUCUGGGAAGUCUAUUCUCCAGCCAAUUCAGGUUCAUUGCCUCCAUUGCUUGAUGCAUCAGCAUCGUUAUUUGAUCAAUGUCAAUCAAAGAACAAAGUAAUUGAUGCCCUCCCAAACGCUUUUCUGAUUCCUAAACACCAAGAAAAUGACCUCAAAAGCCUACCAAACCCUCUUGUUUCCCAAUCCCAUGUCCUGUCAAUAAACGGCUUGCAGCCCUCCUUUUCACCCACUCCCAUCUCCAUCAACAGCACAGCCACAUCAACCAAUAAAAACACGAACACGGACAACAACAACCAGUCACCAUCGAUGCUCUUCAAGUCCAUCCUCUCAUAUCAAGAUGGCACAUUGAAGACUGAAGCAAGCUUUUCCCAUGAUGCUACCUUCGGUGGUGUGGAUAAGAUCACUCACCCACAUCCAUACCUAAACAAUCCCUUGUGUUUUGAGAUGGAUUGUAGUAGCAAUGUUCUGGGGUUCUCAGGAUCUGCUUCUGCUGCAGAUACCAUAAUCCAUGACACGUCCACUUCAAUUGGUUUUAGCAGAGCCGGCUUGCAGAUGAUGUUAGAUACUCCCAUCAGACUGCCUGGAGAAUCUUGGCCAUUGGAUCCUUAACGGGAUUUUCAAGGCCCCAAAAAACAUUAAUUAUUGCUGUAAUAAUGAUAGUAUAAUAUAAGGGUUACCAUCUAUACAACAUUGUAGUAUGUUGUAAAGCUCCUCUAAGAUGUAGCCUCACCAUUGCAAUUCGCAAAUUUAUCCAUGCACGUAUCUAUGUAAAGAUUGAGGAGUACUUGUAAUAAUUAUUGUCCAAGGAUUGCUGUGUUUUCGAGAUUU